AUGCAGCAGGUCUGGCUGGUCUUCUUGGUUGCAGUUGUUUUAUUAUUCGACAACGCUAAAGGCGAGAUUCGCCUGCACUCCGUGUCCGGCGAGGUCGGCCGCGGUAACUUCACCUACUACAGUUUGAUGUACGAAGGCCCUAUCUCGCUGAUUCUGCAUUCCAACCGCGGUGACUGCGACCUUUACGUUUCUCAACACAACUCGAAGCCUACCUACGAACCGCACACGUACUGUCUACACAGCAACACCUGCGGACUAGACCGAGUGGACAUUCCAGAGGCUUUCAAGCGGCCAGUCGGUGUUGGAGUGUACGGACACCCUUCGCACAGGUCCUGCGAGUAUUUGUUGGAGGUGUUGCUGGAGAGGAGUGAACUGGGAGACGAUCCACGAGUGUCCUACGAACCGCAGGAAACAAACGGACAUCAGGAGGAGCAGAGCUUGCUUUGGGGGAUCAUUGUCUCGGUCGCUGAACUCUUGCUUGAAGGCUUACUGCUCUAG